AUAUUUGUUUUUUUUUGUAAGUGAGGGAUGAUGGUUAGUACUUUUUCACAAAAACACGAAAAUAUAAUUUAAAAAAAAGGUGCAACGAAGAAAAAUAUAGCGAAGACAUGCUAGCAGACAAAAAUAAAUUGGAUUUCUGAAUUUUCAAAACUAUAACUAAUAGUUUCUUUUACCAAAAUGAAGAUUGCGUUGACCCAUAUUUUACUUAUUUUUAUAACACCAAGACUUUGUGAGAAGAUAUACAUUGCUCAACCGGAUAUAAACUCAUGGCUAAAAAGUGGACUGUGUCAACCCUCUUGGGGAAUCCGCAGUGGACAAUGGAAAACCUGUCUGCCUACAGACGAUUCAACGAGGGAGGAAUGUGUACUCACAACUGGUGAUUGGUCAUUUAGUGGCGUCAAUAAGAUUUUAAUCGAAGUGGAAACGACGACAGCAACCUGUUUUGGUUCCAACAAAACAUAUCCAAUCUGCAGAAAUAACUUCACUAUGGGUGUAUUUUCUAACAAUGGAGCAAAGUUAGCAGAGCCAAGUUUCAUACCUUCUGCGAUUGUUCCUCGGCAGGAUUUUUUUACAAGUAGUGACCAGUUUGCUGUGAAUAACAUGACCGGAGUGAAGGGAAUUAAACUGCAGUUUUUGACCAACCGAUACUGUGGCGCGAUUGAUAAAGUACAGGUAUAUUAUUACAAAUGCCCAACAGCGACUGGCGAUUUGGUGAAUUUCCCUGCGUCAACUGCGCCAGAUUCAAUCGAGAAAACAAAAACGAUAAAUGGGAAAUGCACAGAUGGUGCGCAACCGACUGGUGAGAGGGCAUCGUUCAUGCAAUGUAAGGAUGAUGGUACCUUUUCGGUGCACGGCCGUUGUGUUUGUAAGGAUGGAUAUACAAAAGAUGGCACAUCGUGUAGAGCUUGCAGCACAGGGGAAUACAAACCAACAGCCGGGAAUGAGGCCUGCCUAAAAUGUGGCGCCAACUCGAAAAUAGGCACUGUACCGCGUACUCGAUGCGAGUGUAAAGAAAAUUACUUUCGAAUGAUUGGAAAAACAGAAUUGAAUGACGCUGAUUGCUAUGCUCCUCCAGGUCCUCCAACAAACGUUCUUAUUGACAACAUAGCUGCCCACGAAGCUACGAUAUCAUGGACGCCAUCAACAAAAGGUUCAUCCGACUCAGGAGUCUACGUAGUCAUGUGCACCCCCUAUAAUUGUCCUGACGAUUCAACUUAUUUUCCAAAAAAUACCAGCGAACCGAAGAUUGAACUAAAAGAUCUGGGUGCAUAUGCUAAUUACGAAAUCAAGAUAACAAAAUUAAACAAUAUUACGACUAUCACUGGCAAAGAAUUCUCUGUGACAAAGAAGUUUACAACACAAAAAGGCGCACCCGGAAAAAUACGGAAUCCGAUACAUUCUGUCAACACUGACGAUGGAUCUGUUGUUUUUGUGUGGGAGCCACCAUUUGCGCAAGGUUCGCCAAAUCCUGUAUAUGUUGUGUCUUAUGGCGACGAGACAUUCAAAUUGACAACUAGAACAUUCAAAAUAAAAUCUGACACACAAGACAAAGAAUACGUUGUCAAGAUCUAUACGGAAGUCAACGUGGAUGGGAAAUUCUUGUCUGGUCCUGUCUAUGAGACAAGGGUGAAAGUGAAAGGUGGAAUUCCACUUAGCUUAGCAUUGGGUGUGGCAUUUGGAUUGAUAACUUUUAUUGUGAUCAUUUUAAUUUCCGCGUUUUGUUUUUGGAAAAGAAGAAAUCCAGCCUACUUGCAGGUAGUGCGCAUGGAGGAUGGAACAGUAAAAUUACCAUCUAGUUUUUACACUGGUGGAAAAAUUUACGUCGAUCCAAAGAGUUAUAACGAUGUCGAGGAGGCUGUGAACGAGUUUGCCUUUGAAAUUGACCGAAAUAACUUAAAAAUGCAUGAAAAGAUUGGAGAUGGAGAGUUUGCUGACGUACAUAGGGGAGAACUCUUUAGAGGUGGAAAACACCAAACGGUAGCUGUAAAGACACUUAAGCCCGGAGCAACAAAACAAGACCGGGAUGAUUUCAUCAGUGAAGCUGCUAUCCUUGGUCAAUUCUCUGAUCCGAAUGUUAUAUUGUUAGAGGGUGUUAUAGUGGAAGACCAACCAAAUGCUAUCAUUCUUGAGUUUAUGGCACAUGGCGCAUUAGAUAAAUAUCUGCAGGAAAAUGAUAUGCAGUUUGAAAUCCCUGAACUGCUUGAAAUGGCGCGAGGAAUUGCAUCGGGAAUGAAAUAUCUAUCUGAACUUGGUUUUAUUCAUCGAGAUUUGGCUGCUCGCAAUAUUCUUGUAAACGAGAAGAGAGUAUGCAAGAUAGCUGACUUCGGAAUGAGUUUAGAAAUAAGAAUGGACGAUGGUGAAACCAAGGGUGGAAAGAUUCCAGUACGAUGGACAGCACCUGAAGCAAUCCAAUUUAAGAAGUUCACUACUGCAUCUGAUGUCUGGUCCUAUGGUGUUGUGGUAUGGGAGAUUAUGUCAUAUGGCGAAAGACCAUAUUGGGAGUGGAGUAACUACGAGGUUCUUGAGCAAGUGAACCGAGGAUACAGAUUACCACCACCUAUGGGAUGUCCAAGAGUAGUCCAUGACUUGAUGCUUCAAUGUUGGAACAGAGAUCGCACUAAGAGACCUUUGUUUAGUUUUAUAAGAGAUCGCAUUGAAUCAUGGUUGGACAACACCGCGCUAUUGGAUGACCUUGCACCGAUUACAAAGUUGGACGAUAAUCUCGAUUACACAAUUAUGCAGACAAUAAACAAAUGGUUGCAAGCGAUUGGUAUGGGACGAUACGCGAACAAUUUUUUAGAACAAGGUUUUGCAACACCAAGACAAAUUCUCCUAUUAACCAUAGACGAUUUAGAAAAACUUGGAGUCGGACCUGUUGAACAUCAAAAGAGAAUCAUGAAAGCUAUCGAAAACACAAGAGCACAGGUGGAAGCCCAGAUUGGAAAAGGAGGCAGCGUGAUCAAGAACGACAAUGCUAAAGAUAUUCGACCACAUAAUAUUUAAGGUGUAGGGGCGUAAGAUUUGUUGGGAACAUUUUACGAGGUGUAUUGUACUAACGAUGCAGAUAGCCUUCGUGUAGUGAGUGAAGAAAUGUACAGAUUUUCUACUUCAAACAAAUAUAAAGCACGUAUUGCGAUAGUGUUCAAGAGAUAAGCCUAAAAAAUGAUGAAAAUAAAAAAACAGAACAUUAUAUGAACGAUAAAAAAACUAUGAGUAUUUUUAAAGUUUAAGCUGAUGACAGAUUUGAGUAAUAAUUGACGAUCACAAAUCGAUCGUACGUGUUAACGGAUCUAGGUUUUUUUGAAAUUUUUAUUAUUUUAGUGCUAAAAGUUUCUCACGUGAUCUCUUAAAAAAGAAGGGAUAAUUUAUCACAUAUAUUAAACUUACUGUUUGUCAAUGUCGACUUUUUUUGUUGAAAUUCGUGCAUAACGCACAAACCAGAAAUAAAGGACAAAAUUUUUGGUAAAAUUUUAAUUUAUCCUUAAAUAAUUCCACAUGAUAAAGCUUAACCUGAAUUUUGGAUAAGAAAGUUGCUCUAGUAGAAGAGUCUUAUAAUUUUAAAGCUCUCAGUAGCUAGUUUCUUACAAAUAGGUUUUUUGUUUAAAUUUCUCGUCAAAAUCAAAAUCAUCUGAUGAUCUCUAGAUUUGCUCUUGUAUAUAUUCUAGUGUCAGGUAUUUUUUAAUUGUAAAUAUAUUAGUGUUUUCCAA